GCCGAAGUCUGAAUGACCCGGCUUUUAAUGUUAUCUGUCACCAGGGUUGGAGGCGUUGGAGUAACUGGCUAUUUAGUCCUUUUCUCCCCUGCUCUGCCCAAUUCUCAUUCUAUUCACACCUCCCAUCACUGAGAUUCAGGUACACUGGGCCUGGAAAUAACCAUCAACUUUUGACUGUUGCAGGUACCAGAAGUUGGCGCCCUACGGUGAUCCUUCACUGUGUCCAGGUGGCAAGGAUUCAGGAGAAAAACGAUGGAUUGCACACCCAUUAAACCCAAAUUAGGUUCAUGGCGCAAGUGGAUUAGUGAUGACGACAUGGUGUCAUUACUGAUUCACAAGCAAUUCCCUCUUGUUUUUAAAUAAACAAAAAUUUUGUCUUGUUUCGUCUGUAGAUGACCGUCUAGUGCAACUUUUUUUGUCUCUCGUCUCUGGUGUUAUGCACUAAUUCGACUCCCACUCACUCAUCGUUAACGAUUUUAUUGACUCCACUCGGCAACAAAUCUGAUUCUCCCCCUCGAAAAGAGCAAUUAAUCGAAGAAAAUUAAUGUCCAAACUCUCCAUCGAUUUUUAAUCAUCGCCCCAAAUCCCUCCCCCAAACCGUCGAAAACUCUGCAUAAAGAGGAAAAAGGAUUAAUAUAUUUUUUCGUAAAAAAAUGGAAACAGGAAUUGACAAAGAGGCGAAUGUUGAAAUAAAUUUAAAAAAUGAUCAACUGUUUAAUGUUACUUCAUCGCAACUGUUUGAUCAUCUUCAUUGAGAAGAUAUCAGUGAUGUGAGCAUGCGCGAGAGGUCCUUACAUCGCCGACGAGGAGUACGAGGAUAUCACCUCCCCGAGACAAUUGCCAUCCUCAGUACUCGGUUGCACGCACGGCCGUUACCAAGAUUCAUUACUUCAUAAUUAAUUUUUGUUUCGAUAAGAGCUGAAUAAAAGCAAUUGAUUAAAACGAAAAUCAAUUAAUCAAUCAAUUAAAAAAUCAUCGAUCAAAAUAUUCAGAUUAAACCCAUCAAUUAUUUGAAACCACGUGUUAUAAAAUGAUUAAUCAGUCGAACAGUCAUGACGAGGCAAUUAAAAAUUUGCGUUCCGCUUAAUUUCCGGAGGUGAAGUAAAACGUCAUAAGAUCAAUUAAUGAUGCAUUUAAAUGUAAUAAUAUCAGCUUCGUCCGAAAAUACGUCCAUCCAAUUUCUUAAAAAUACCUCAUAACUCUGCGUCAUAAAUUCAUUAAUUACCGCACUAAUUUUGCGAUUAAUUGAACUCUUCAGGAGCCAAUAAAAAACCCGCCGGUGUUAUUUCGCAAAAAUCUUCAAAACCGCUAGUUUUAUCGAAAAAUAUCAUAAGUACUUUUUUGAAGCUCUUGAAAUUCUCCGCAAAAAAUGUCUAUUGUCUUUUUCCUCAAAAACCACCCCUUAUAGACAUAAUUCACAUCGAACGAAACUAAACGAACCCUCAUUCAUUACUUCGCGACGAAAUUGACGAAAAUCUUUUUCAUUUGCGUGGAUAAAGUAAUGAUGAGAGAAUUGAGUGGUCACCAGCUUCAGAUGAAGUAAUUCACUGAAAAAAAUCCGGCUGAUGGUGUCACUGACUAGUGCAGGGUGUAACGAAAGUAAGUGGUGGGGUUGUCUCGGUGAGAAAGCUUCGACUCUUAACAGACUGUCUACAACUGGGAAGCCGCAGUUGGAGACGCGUUGGCCUUCGACACCGUGGUCAUUCUCACUGGGACUAUCAGUGGGUCAUCGAACCGCCGAGAAUCCUCGAAAAUAUCGUGUCCCCGAGACUGAAGGGGAAAAAAUGUAAAAUUAGAAAAAACCCAACAAUCAGACGAACAAACUCGUCAAUUUUCAUUCACCUGUCCCAGUUCUCGUUCCUCACGGGGAGUUAUCGAAUUGAUGACCUGUGGACAAUUCAACUGAACCCAGCAUCGACCCGUCCAUUGAUCGAUAGUUAAGUUAUUGAUUGAAGGAAACGGUGAUUUUGUUAUGAUGAGUCGAAUUGAGUCGCUGGGGAUUUUUUUAAUCGCCCUUUGUUGGGUGGCGAAUGGUGUUUGGGCCGGUAGCUGUCGCGAGUCCAAUCUCUGCUGCUCCGGAAAGGAUUCUGCGUGUGUCGUGCAAAAAGUUUCGAUAAAUUCGGCGUCACAGGGACUCACGGAUAAGCCAUGUUACUGUGAUCAUGCGUGCCUCAAGUUGGGAGAUUGCUGCAGUGAUUUUAAAGAAGCUUGUGGGGUUCUCGACUGCAUUGUCUCAGGAUGGGAUCAGUGGUCACCCUGCGACAGUGAUUGCGGUCCUGGUGCUCAGUCUCGAUCGAGAAUUAUCGAGCGAGAACCGGAAAACGGGGGAAAGCAUUGCCCCCAGCUGGUGCAACAUCGCGGAUGUCAAGGAAUAAAGUGUCACAAGAGAAAUCCAAAAAGUGCACUCAAAGAGGUGGCUCUACUCCUUCCAGCAGAGCUAAGUGAGAUGCGUCACAUAAACGACAGCAACGACAUAAGAACGAACCUGCGGUUGCGUUACAAAGACAAUUCCGCGUACGACGCCUCCAAGGAAUACUGUGUUACAUUCACCGUGACCAAGGCAUCAAAAGCAUGUGUCAAAGAAUCCGGUCUCUCCGAGUUAUCGGAAGGUUCGAGAGUGUGUGUGCGCUGUCAGACCCAGGCGUUGCGUCGCGUACUCGACUGGCGAUGCGAAGGUGACGGUGGUACCGAGGCAAUGAUUACCAGAUGGAGCGUACUUUCUACCCCCCACUGUCAUGGAAAAUGGCUUCGCACUAAAAAAACCGGACCCGAGUGUGAUGCCUCAUUGUGCCAGCCCAAGCCACAUUUCAUCUUUGUCUGAGGUGCACUCCAUUCCUCCCAUUCAUUUUUAUUCACCACCGGUGUCAUUAUUCUCAAAAAAUACGAGAGUUUAAUGAUACUCUGAUCAUAAUGGAGAAUCGAUAAUUGGCGAACUGUGUCAGAGGCGAUAAAAAUUUUGUUAAUCGAAAAAUUGUCCUCAUAAUUAUUCGUGUUUUGGAGAAAGGAAGAAAAUGAAGUUGUUUGGUUGAGUGUGGAGAGAAAUUUUCGAGAAAAAAUACAGAACCAUUCACCUAAUGUCGAAUGAGAAAGCCUUUUCCAGGGAUUUUACUCAUUUUCAGUGAAUUUUUCUCUCCGGGAAGGAGUUUGUCGAAUGCUUUGAUCUAGAAAUACAAAUCGUCCAGACUAUUUCUUACUAAAUGACAUUAACACGUUUAAAUUGAGAUGAGAAAUGAUUUACUAACAUUCUAUGAAUAGUAUUUUUAAAUAUGUGUGAGCGUUUUUUUAGUCACAUAAAGAUUGGCGAACGGUACCAAUUUAUGCAAAUUAAUCGGUUAAUUUAGAGAUUGGCUUGAUAAUGGUUCAUCUUUCGAAGGAAAAAUGAACUUUUUAAUUAAAAAAAAUAAUCUAACGCUUUGUUCUAUAAAUAGAAAUUCUCCCCAACAUUUUUAAAUAACUGAGAUCAUCAUUUUGAAAUCGAAAUAACGAAUGAUUUAUUCCGUUUAACUAAAUAAUAUUUUUUAAACUAAAUAAAUGUUGUUUAUUCCAAUGAAGAGUAGUCUGAAUGGAAAUCCUUCUAAAUUAAUAAAUUCAUAAUUUUCCAAUUAAAAAUCUUCAGUGAAAAAAAAUCUACUAGGUUUAUUCGAUUUAGACUCAUCAUUUCUCCAAUCGAAUCAUUAAAAUAACCCAAUCCUUGAUAUUUUAAUAAAAUUCUGUCGGGAAGUGAUGAAAUGAGAUAAGUGAACUACCCCCAAAUCUUGUUUUUCCAUGAAUAUCUCGAAAAAUACCAGAAUUUGGAAAAUUUUCGUAACUACCUUUUUUGUUGGGAAGAAGAACAUCUACAAAAAAGGUUCUACAAAAAUUUUUCCCCCCCUUCUAGAUUUUGAGAUAUUCACCUAAAACCGAGGCCAAUCCAGUUAACCUUUCUCGUUUUACCACUUCUCUACAGAAUAAAUUAAAAAAUAAUUGUAAUUAAUUUGAAACGAUGUUAAGACGUGAAGACAUAUUAAAGCAUUAAUAAUAACACGUAUAUUUGUAAGUUAUUUUAUAAAUUGAGUCCACAUAUCAAAGAAUGUAUUUUUUAGCCAAUAAGCAAUAAAGUCAUACAUGUGGUAAAUUUA